UAGAAUCCUCAAACCAAUCAACCACCAUCCAUCACCGGAGAGCAGAGCAAGGAAAUCUGUGGACGUUCUGCCCGUCCACCAAAUCCCUUCAGCGCGCCGCCUCCCUCGCCCGCGAGGACUCUGCGGAUCUCUCAGCGGCAGCAGCAAGCAGAGCGGAGAGAGCAAUCCGCCAUGGCCAUGGUCGCCUCCACCUCCAUCGCUUACCACAAGCCGCGUUUGUCGGUGGUGUGCAGGAAGAAGGACCGGGACAGGGAGCUGGAGCGGGAGAAGGAGCACAAGUACCCCUUCAAGGUCGUCGAGAUCACGCCGCCGCCGCGAUGCCUCGGCGUCCGCUGCUUCCCCACGAACAUCCACUGCGGAGAGAGCGUGACGAUCGAAGGGCAGGCGUACACCGUGUCGGCGGUGACGCACCGGUACCAGCUGCGCAAGGGGCGGUACGAGCCGAGCGAGAAGCGCCUCGACGUCCUCUCCACCGGCAGAUAUAUCCUCAACCUCUACCUCGACAACCUCCUCGACAAGUCCUAGACUCUCUAUGCUCUACUCUAUACUACUAGUAUAAAUUUAUUUAUUCUACUACUCCAGCUAAUUUAUUUAUGCCUCUACUGUACGCUACUUCUGUGAAGGCCGCGCACGCAUGCACGCAUUUGGUCCUAUACUCUUUGUGCCCAAUGAUCACCUUAUGGGCAAUAUGAGGGGCAAGGAGAAAGGCCGUGUAUGAGGAUAUUUUUUAAAGUCCUUUGUCAACACAUAUCUUUAUCAAGUCAUAUUUGAAUGAUCUUGAAGUGAA